GUAAGCGACUAAUGCCGAUUUAUUUCCAUUUCGUUUUGCAAUCGUUCAGUUCGGGCCGUUCAGUUCUGAAGAAGGAAAGGCAUGGAUCUGUAUGAAAAUCACGACGAUGGACCAGGAUUUGUGGGGAUACGGUUUUGUAAAGAAUGCAACAAUAUGUUGUACCCAAAAGAAGAUAAAGAGAAGAGAUUAAUGGUGUAUGCAUGCAGAAACUGUGACUAUCAACAGAUUGCAGACAAUCCUUGUAUAUAUGUGAACAAAAUUACCCAUGAAGUUGAUGAGUUGACACAGAUCAUUGGUGAUGUAAUUGCGGACCCUACCCUCCCACGGACAGAAGACCAUGUAUGUCCCAAGUGCAAUCACAAAGAGUCUGUGUUCUUCCAAUCACACAGUACAAAGGCAGAGGAGGGUAUGAGAUUGUACUAUGUGUGUACCAACCAGCAGUGUGUUCACCGGUGGACAGAAUGAACAGACAUACUAUGUGUGUACCAACCAGCAGUGUGUUCACCGGUGGACAGAAUGAACAGACAUUAUUAUUGCCUUUUUGUUUAGAUGGUAAAAAUGAAAAGAUCAAGACUUGUUGUGGGAUGCCAAGGAAGCAUUUAGUAAAUCAUUUGUCAUGCUCAUAUUCAUGUAAAUUUCUGUUUAACUUUGCAAUUUGUUUUUAUUACAUAAUUGGUCAUUGGAUGAUUAGUGUGAAGCAAUAUAAAGUACAUCAUAAGGAUGGAAGGAGUGAGAAUGAAAGUGUGAUGAAAAUAUGUUUUUUUCAAAGUAAAAAAUAAACAAAAUUUAUCCAAAG